CGCACGACGAGCUCGACACUCUUUUCCUCUUUGCCAACAUGGACUACGACCGUAGGUCCCAGGUCUCCUCGUUCUACGGGGCGCGCAAGUCUUCCGACGCUUUGAACUCCGACUUCCCCUCGUCCUCGCACUUUGACCAGCCUCCGCGCCCCCGAGCCGACUCGGCAUCGUCGUUCUACAACCCUGACCGGGCGUCGCGCGCAGGCACAGAGGCUCUCGGCGGCACGCCGAGCGCAGGUUACAACAACUCGUCAUUUUUUCAUGCAGGAAGAGUAGAGCCAUUGAAGGGCGGGCACGAUGAGCAAAGCGUGAUGUCCAACCAGGAGCCUGCGUUCGAUAUCUACGCCGACUUCAACAACCAGGGCCCGCGAUACUCGACGGCCUUCGUGCAGCGCGACUCGGGAUACCGUCAGGUGCCGUCGCCGUCGCCGUUCAAGGAGGAAGAGCCCGGGACGCCGGCAGGGCAGGUCGAGCUUGUCACGGUCCCCGCGCUGGGGCCAGAGUGGAAGGCAUCCGAGCUGCGCGAACUCACCGGUAAGGCCAAGCGCGAACGCGAUCUCGAGUCGUUUGCGGACAAAUGGCAUGCGUGGAACAGGGGAGAGCGGGGAAUGUGUGGGCCUUAUUUCACGCGGCGGUGGACGGCGUACAUUUUCUUUGGGUUAUGCAUUGCCAUCGGCAUAGUACUCGCAUUCACCAUCCCGCGUAUGCCGAACAUCUCGUUUCCAUCGGGCAAUCCGCUUGAGAAGGCGACUGCGCCUUUCAACACGUCGGUCCCGACCAUUUUCUCGCGCUCGCCGGCAAACUUCAGCUUCCCUGCGGCGGUCUCCAUAGAGUUUGACACGACGUCGAACUACCUGCCUCUGCAGAUAUCAAAGAUGGAGGCGACGGUGUAUGACCUCACAACGGGCAUGCAGGUUGGCACAGGGAGCCAUGGCAGCCAGACGUUGGCCGCAAAGUCGUUCCCGAUUAUUGAGGUCCCUAUCAACUUCACCUAUAUCGCGAUAAACGACUCGGACAUCACCUGGAACGACUGGUACGACGCAUGUCGGAAUCCCGCAACAAAUGCCAACAAUACCCGUCCUCCACUGCAGUUUAAUUUCGACCUGGACCUAUGGAUCGUCGGGCUGAUUGGCAAGAGAUCAGCUUCGAGUGCCGUGACCGAGGCUGAUUGCCCUAUUACUCUGUCCCUGAAUGCGUCAUGACACUUUCUCUAUGGGACAUUGUCACAUCUAUAUGGGUACCUAACUCUCUGGACUUCGCUCUGCCUGAUGGACUCUUUGGACUUACGAUAACUC